AUGAGAUCCCAGAUUAUGAAAAGUACCAGGAAAACCAUAACAAAAUUGAAAACCACCAGAAACCCUAAAAUAUCCCCAGAAAGACAACAACUAAUAACCGAGAGACGUAAACUAGAGAAAGGCACACCACAAUAUAGAGAAAUGAAUAAAACAGUUAAUAAGGCCAUCCGUAAGGACACCAGGAUUCAUAGCACAAAUAUGAUAAAAGAAUGUAUAGCACAAAAUUCCAACAUGAAAGUCCUAAGGAAGAACAGAGCCAAAGGCAGAAAUAAAAUUUACCAACUUACGGAUUCUGAGGGCAACCUUGUAUCAACAACAGAAUCAAUGCUGAAAAUAGUCGAACAAUCCUACACAAUACUGUACAGAAAACCAACAAUCAAUCAACCUUCUAGACCUCCAGUCACUAACGUUGGUUCUGAGGAAGUUCCCGAAGUAGACGUCGACGAAAUAAAGAAGGCAUUGUCUUAA